AUGGAUAAACAGACUGCCGCAACCUCAGGAACACAUCCUCAGCCAGUGGUCGCUAACUUGGUAUCAGGAGGAAUGAGAAUCUUGCUCAUGAGUUACACUCCCACGUGGAGAACUAUUCGUACAAUUGUGCACCGCCUCCUUGCCGUAACAGCCGCCAAUUUCAAAUCAGUCCAGCAAUUCGAAACAAAACAGUUCCUUUAUGACUUACUGACAGAUAAUGAAGACCAACGGAAAUUCCUCUCAUGCUCGGCGUUAUGCUACCUCAGUUCUUCUAAUAGUGUUGUACGGCAAGCGGGCGGUUUCAUUUGCAAGUAUUGCGGCUUCAUUCGGAGUCUCAUUAACCAACGGACAUCGCAGGAGCAAGAAGGGGUUCAGGAGAUAUACCAUGUCUUGGAGGAGCUUGCGAUUUUGUCUCACACCAGACGGCUUCAUGGCACAAAGUCCGCAGAAUCUGAAUACAGUUCCAAGGGUAUCGACGAUCUUCAGGCAGCAUACAUAAGUGGAAGAUUGAUUGAAGCUGGAUUAGACACAACAUCGGGUUUUCUACGUAUAGCCUUUAAAUACCUGGUAAAAUAUAAGGGUGUGCGAGACCGGGUCUACCAAGCCAUUCCGGAGAUUGUCCCAGAUGACCGUCUUCCAACUUUCGAGGAUCAAGGAAAGAUGCCUCUUGUCCUUGCUCUCAUCAAGGAAUUACAGAGACACCGUCCACCAGCUUAUAUUGGGAUUCCUCAUUAUACCACCUCGGAUGUCGUUUACAAGAACUAA